CGGAGACGGGUGGCGCGCCCUCGCUGCCUAGAGCACCGCCUGUACCCCGAGGUCCGGGACGCCUCCGCACGGGUCCGGGGCGUCCUACCAGCGGCGGGAGCCUUGGGGAUGCGGCGAUUGCCGGCGCUGCCACACGGUCGCUUGAGCUAACCCUUUAGCGUGUCCACUUGCGCUCCCGGGAAAGCAGCUAAGCCCGGUUAAUGCGUGCCCUGCCCUUCCGGGGAACAAUCAGACGAGGUUCGUGUGAGCUGAAUUGCCUCCUUAGAGUCUGUCGGACUCCAGAUUCUUCGGUGCGGGGUAAGGGGAGCUGCGAUCAACGCUCACGCAGGGAAAACCAAACUUUGGUCUCAAAGAAACUAGCCUAUUACUCCAAAAUGCAGGAAGCCCAAGAGUGCAACGCCAGCCCCAGCAACAGCAGCGGCAGCUCCUCCUUUUCCAGCCAAACUCCAGCCAGCAUAAAAGAGGAAGAAGGCAGCCCAGAGAAAGAGCGCCCACCAGAGGCAGAGUACAUCAACUCCCGCUGCGUCCUCUUCACCUAUUUCCAGGGAGACAUCAGCUCCGUGGUGGAUGAGCACUUCAGCAGAGCCCUGAGCCAGCCUAGCAGCUAUUCCCCAAGCUGUACAAGCAGCAAAGCACCCAGGAGCUCGGGGCCCUGGCGGGACGGCUCCUUCCCGAUGAGCCAGCGCAGCUUCCCCGCCUCCUUCUGGAACAGCGCGUACCAGGCUCCGGUGCCCGCGCCGCUGGGCAGCCCGCUGGCCACCGCGCACUCGGAGUUGCCCUUCGCCGCCGCCGACCCCUACUCGCCCGCCGCGCUGCACGGCCACCUGCACCAGGGCGCGGCCGAGCCCUGGCACCACGCGCACCCGCACCACGCGCACCCGCACCACCCCUACGCCCUGGGCGGCGCCCUCGGCGCCCAGGCCGCCGCCUACCCGCGGCCCGCCGCCGUGCACGAGGUCUACGCGCCGCACUUCGACCCGCGCUACGGGCCGCUGCUGAUGCCGGCAGCCUCGGGGCGCCCGGCCCGCCUGGCGCCCGCGCCGGCGCCCGCGCCCGGCAGCCCGCCCUGCGAGCUCUCCGCCAAGGGCGAGCCGACCGGCGCAGCGUGGGCCGCGCCCGGGGGACCCUUCGCGAGCCCCGCGGGGGACGUGGCCCAGGGUCUGGGACUCAGCGUGGACUCAGGUUUGCAGCCUCAGGACAAAAGCAAGGAUCUGUACUGGUUUUAGACAGCCCACCUUCUUCCCUGUAGGUCUCUGCAUAGCGCACUUGAUGGCACUCAGCUGAAAUCGAGUGGGUUUGUAACAGCUUCUGAUCUUGGUUUGCAGCUCGUCGCUAUUCCCUCUGUGGUGCAUCCCUCCUGAGCUGAUCUGCUGACCCAGGGUUUCCCCUUCCCUUUCCCUUCUGACCAGCCGUGGAGGCUCAGCAUCUGUGCCUCUCACUUCAUGGAUGAGGACAUGGGGGAAGGCAGAGACUUCAAACCUCUCCGUGUAUUGGGAAAACCAAAACACACAUCUACAGAAAUAUUGUCAAACCAUAAUUCCUUCUGUGGAAAGAGCAGAUCCAAAGACUGAAUUAUGUUGAAUGACUUUUGGGCACAUCACUGGAAAUAUCUGCGGUGAGGUCACUUAGAUGAUACGAUGUCAUAAAUUUUCUUGGAAAGAGGAGGAAAAAAAGAGACUUUUUGGUGUGAAUAUUUUUUAUGCUGAUGUGAAUUAUUUCAUUAAGUAGUGUGGCCGUAGCACUACGGAUGUCAGUAUCCUCACAUUUGAAAUGUAUUUGUAUUUGCAUCAAAGACUGUGGUAGAGAAGUAAAAGAGGCCAAUUCCUUCUUCCUCACCUCAUAGCCUCCAGUUCCCUUCCUGCCAGCUCCCUCUCUGCAAUACCCACUCCAGACACAAAGACACUUUUUUCCUUUGGACUGUGAACAUGGAAGCCUCAGCCUAAAUGUGAGUGGCAAGUGGCUUAUCUGGAGCCACCUGCCCAAGUCUUACUGAAAUGCAGCUGUUGUAGGACAACUGUUUAAAACUCCAGAAAUACAUCGACCAAGGUGGCACUUCCCAGUGUUUGGCACAACAAUUGCAAUUGCACUGGAUAUAUUUUAUAUGUGUGUGUGUGUGUAGAUAUAUAUCAUAUUUUUUACGAGGAACGUUUUACAAUGAAAGAAGAAACCCUUCUCUGCCUUCUCUCCCACAAAUUCUGCCUCUCCAUCUAUCCUCCUCUGGAUGAAAAGAAGCAACAAGAGUUCCCCAACUGUCUCUGUGAAGAACUAGGAAUCACCACAAGGGGAAGAAAUGUCCAUGGAGUCUCUAAUACCUCGAAUAUUCCUCUCAGUCUCUAUGGUCAUGAUUUGGGCACUUCAGUUUUGGGACAGGGGAAGGGGUCUGUGCGUGGGUAAAAUUGAAGGUGAUGAGGAAGAAGGAACAAACAUUAAAGAUGUCUCUUUACUACAAGGUAACUGUGUUAUUCCAUAAGAAGAAAAUAAAUGUCCUAGUCUUUCUCCAGUAGAAUAAAAUAAUUUAUAGUAGUACAA